AUGACAACCAGCAUGAUGCAGAUUGAACGUAGCGAUCAUGACCAUGAUGCCUACGAUGACAUGAUGGACCGGGGAGCCUUUCUGAGAAAGCUCCGCCGGCAAAUGGCUGAGGAAGACGAAGCCCAACGUGAAGUACCGGCAUCUUCCAAUGACGACACUGCCGAUUCUGAUACUCUUUGCUAUCAGUUCUACCUGUCUGUUCAAGCUGUUUAUGACGGCUACAAACAUGUGAAUUACCGACAAAUUGAUUUUGGAAUUGUGGGCGACAGCCCUCUUGUCAUAGCACAGGAUCGAACUGUUGGAAAAGGCGGCUUCGUUUGGGAUGCCGCUUAUAUUCUUGCGGAACAUGUUUCCAGAGUCACAGAUUGGCAAGCUGGAAGCCCCAAUGUCAUCGAGCUCGGUGCUGGAACUGGCAUCACCAGUCUCAUUGUAGCACGGCAGGUCCCUCAAGCACAAGUUCAUUUGACAGAUCUUCCACAAUUGCUGCCUUUGAUGGAGAAGAAUUCCAGUACGACUAAGAAUGCGACCGCUGGAGUUUUGGAAUGGGGACGAAAUGUUUCGGGACAAGAAUACGAUGUUAUUCUUGGUGCCGAUGUUAUCGCUUCUAUUUAUGAUAGCAAUGGAUUGGCCAAAACUAUACACGACUUGUCCCAUGAGCGAACCAAAAUUUACUUGGCCUGUGAGGACCGAUUGGCUGGCAGUAUCGAAGAAUUUGAGGACCACAUGAGAAGUUUGUUUGACCACGUUGGUAGAAGCAAGCCUAACAGUGCCAACAAGAACCCCAAAGUUUGGAUACUAGAAAUCAGUGGAAAACGUAGCACCCAAUAA